UAAAUGAAACAAUAAGAGGGGCCGCACGCCGCAUCAAGAGGCAGAAAAGAUAUUUUUGUAUGCGAGUUUGAAGGUUGUGUGUCGCUCUCUCCGUGGUGUCUCCAAAUACAUAGAAGCCAGAAUUAGGGUUUCUCCAUCUUCCCUUUCCAAUAUUCCUUCCUUCCAAUUCAGGGUUUUAAUAAAUCUCUCAAGUUUCAAGAAUACAGAUACAGGGUUUGAUUAGGGUUUUUCUAUUUCUAUCGAGGGUUUUGAUUUGGGCAACUAAGGACACGAAGGAAGAAAAGGGCUUUCUUUUGGAGUGUUUUUUUUUCCCCUUGUUUGUGAUUGACUAUGCGAGCUUCAUGGGCUGAUUUGGCUGCGAAUACUGCAGCUGAGAACGCAGGUGCUGGUACUUCAGUCAAUAAUGCUGGAACUGGUAACAGUUUACCUCCUUCAAGGUCUACUUAUGUGCCUCCGCAUCUGAGGAACCGGCGGCCUUUGGCUGAAUCACCUGCCCCUCCGUAUAGUGGCAGUACAACUUCUGGUUCUGGGGCUGGUACAGCUAAUGCUGGAUCACGUUGGGGUGCACCUCGUGCCGAGAACCGUUCUGGGGUUGGCAGCAGUGGUGGCCGAGGAAAUGUAUGGGGGAACAGAAGUGCGGGUUGGGAUCGCGGAAGGGACCGUGAGGUCAAUCCAUUUGGAGAUCAGGAUGAUACGGAGCAACCAUUUAAUGAGCAAGAGAACUCGGGGAUAAAUUUUGAUGCCUAUGAGGACAUUCCGGUGGAGACAAGCGGGGAUAAUGUGCCACCACCUGUGAAUACAUUUGCUGAAAUUGACUUGGGUGAAGCGCUUAAUCUUAAUAUAAUGAGGUGCAAAUAUGUUAAGCCGACGCCUGUUCAACGGCAUGCCAUACCAAUUUCCCUUGCUGGAAGGGAUUUGAUGGCCUGUGCACAGACUGGUUCUGGAAAGACGGCUGCUUUCUGUUUCCCAAUUAUCAGUGGAAUUUUGAGGGGCCAACCUGUGCAAAGGCCACCUCGCGGGGUGCGUACAGUUUAUCCACUUGCCCUUGUUCUCUCACCAACUAGGGAGCUAUCAAUGCAAAUACAUGAAGAGGCUAGGAAGUUUGCAUAUCAAACAGGGGUUAAGGUGGUUGUUGCUUAUGGCGGAGCUCCAAUAAACCAUCAGCUACGAGAUCUUGAGAAGGGGGUGGACAUUCUUGUCGCAACUCCUGGAAGACUGGUAGAUUUGCUGGAGAGAGCUAGAGUUUCACUUCAGAUGAUCAGAUAUCUUGCACUAGAUGAGGCAGAUAGGAUGCUGGAUAUGGGUUUUGAGCCACAAAUAAGGAAGAUUGUUGAACAAAUGGAUAUGCCCCCUCCAGGUGUAAGACAGACUAUGCUAUUCAGUGCCACAUUUCCUAAAGAGAUACAGAGACAGCCUCCGGGAGAAGGGGAAGAAGGUUCAAGCCCAAUGUAA